AUGGAUAGUGCGUCAAGCUCAGUCGUAAAAAAAUUCCAGAAUGAUAAAGAUCCCAAGGAAUCAGUAGAAGAGGCGGUACUGAAGUAUGUUGGUGUUGACAUAAAGGAUCAUGGCAAAAAGAGUAAGAAGAGGUCGAAGAAACAUGAUAAGAAGAAGAAGCACGGUUCGAAGAAGUCUCAUAGCGAUAAGGAUAUUGAAAUGGAUUGGUUUUUGAAGACGUCUGAGGCAAAUAAUUCACGCAAAUUGGAUGACAUUGAACCGGAUUCUGUUGCUAUGGCUGCCAUUGCUGCUGCAUACAACAGUACAGUCAAAGAGAAGCACAAGAAAAAUCGCCACAAAGACGGUUCUGGUAGCAAAUCAGAGAAGAAGAAGCACCACAAAUCAAAAAAAUUCAAAGAGAGAACAGCAAAGAUAAAAAUGGUUCUCGAUCCAGAGUUAAGAACACUAGAUGAUGCUCUGACAACACCUGCAUUUUCACCCGAUGAUCUCAUUGCUGAAACAGCUUUCGAUAAGUAUGUAGAUGCGGAGAAGGCAUACUCGGUAAGAAAUUCGAGUAAACCAACACACGUUGACGAGAAUUCACAAGAAAACAAUGCUAAUAAUGCUCUUGUCAAGAACUACGCCGAGUUAGAGAGAAUUUCAAGUAAUGGCAGCUACAUCAAGCGAACAGCAAAAAUACCGGAGAAAGAUGUUAAAUUAGAAGAGCCGCAACCAACAUCAGAUGAGGAGAAAGAGGGUACUGUGUUACUACGAUCUGACGUUGUUAAAGCGUCUGCUAUGGAUGGUGCUAUUACAAAAUCCAUAGGCAGGAAAUUUAGUCCUAGUGAGGAAGAUGCUUUGGACCAAUUCAUUGAAAAAUACAUGCAAAUAAGAAACCUAGAUAGACAGCAAAUGUGUGAGAGAAUUUGGUCUACUGAUGGAGUUAUUAGAGAUGGAUUUUGGGCGAAUAUCAGCAAAGUUCUGUCUUAUAGGACUAGAUCUUCGAUUUAUAAACAUAUAAGAAGAAAAUAUCACAUUUUCGAACAGCGUGGGAAAUGGACACCAGAGGAAGAUCAAGAACUGGCGAGAUUAUGUUUAGAAAAAGAAGGCCACUGGACUGAGGUAGGAAAUCUUUUAGGUAGAAUGCCUGAAGAUUGUAGAGACCGUUGGAGAAACUACAUGAAAUGUGGCUCCAAAAGAGGAUCUAAAAGAUGGUCAAAGGAAGAAGAAGAGUUACUGACGACAGUAGUAAACGAAAUGAUCGAAGAAGCACACAAUUAUCAAAGGAUGAAAGAAACUGAGGCAGCUAACAACGAAGAUGGAUACAACCAAAUGUAUACCAGAGGUCCAAAGGGGAAGAAGGUCAGUGAUAAUCCUACUUUCAAAGAUAUGAUUAACUGGACUGUAGUUAGUGAACGAAUGAGUGGAACAAGAUCCCGUAUACAAUGUCGCUACAAAUGGAACAAACUAGUGACUGAUGAAGCCUAUAAGAGCAUGUUGAGCAUUCCCUCUUCCGAAAGGAAAUGGUUGUUAGAACAACUGAAGCAGUUCGCCGAAACAUCAUACUCAAAUAUAAAUUGGGACAGUUUAGCCGCUUCUAAACCUGAUUCCUUAAGGACUGGUCUUGAACUUAGAUUAUGUUACGAGCAGAUGAGAGAAAGGAUUGAAGGGUACAAAGAAAGACCCAUGGCCGAUAUAAUUAAUAUACUACUAGAACAGAUGAAUCAAAAAAAGUAA